AGCCGAUCUGUUUGCUCCAGCUGCUAGGAGGCUUUAGUUUACAGUAGCAUUCAAGUUUUUCCUGUUUUGAACAGGUUAUGAAGGAAGAAUGGAGUUUCCAGACCAUAGCCGCCAGUUGCUGCAGUGUCUGAGUCAGCAGCGUCACCAGGGCUUCCUGUGUGACUGUACUGUGUUGGUUGGAGAAGCUCAGUUCCGAGCGCACAGAGCCGUCCUCGCCUCUUGCAGCAUGUACUUCCAUCUUUUCUACAGGGACCAGUUAGACAAAAGGGAUAUUGUGCAUCUGAACAGUGACAUUGUCACGGCCCCUGCCUUCAGCCUGCUGCUUGAAUUCAUGUACGAGGGGAAGCUGGAGUUCCACAGCCUCCCGGUGGAAGAUGUGCUGGCCGCUGCCAGCUACCUCCACAUGUAUGACAUUGUGAAAGUCUGCAAGGGCAAGUUGAAAGAUAAAGAAUCGGGCUCGGAGGAGAAGCCGGGCGAUGAGGCGGCCGUGCUGGACAAAGCGGAGCGUUUCCUCGAUGAGUUCGAGCCGGGGGGCAAAGCGAGAUUGGAAUACGAGCGGGCCGUGGGCAAGGAGAAGGUGGGAUCCCACCCCGCCUGGCCCUGCGGCCCCCCCAACCUCAGCCCGGCCGAGGCAGAGCCCUGCGCGGCGGCAGCUGGAAAAACAAAGGCAAAUGUCAAUAGUUGUGCGGGACCUUUGUCCCAAAGGUCCGCCAGCCGUCCCCCGGUGUCGAGCGAGGCCGACUGCGCGCUGGAUUUGUCUUUCAAGCCCAUGCUGGGGAGAGAUUCCUUGCAGCCCUCCUAUGCCUUCGGACAGCUGGCUUCCGACAGCCAGCAGCAGGGCACCGAGCCGCUGGUGAAGGAUGAACAAGAGUCGCUGUCAGAGCGGGAGGACGGCGAAGCCGGCAGUCCGGAGAGUCAGCAUUUUGGGAACUCGGCCAAGAGUCUGGUGACAGGGUUAGGACACAUGUUCGCAAGGAAUGGCAGCUCUCACGGCCGGGAGGAGGACCUAGACCAAGAGCGAGAGGAGAGCGAGGACGACAUAGACCCCGCGGACAUCUCUGCGGGCGUGCUGGUGCCCCCAGGGCACAUCUGCAUCUGCCCGCUGUGCAGCAAGGUGUUCCCCAGCCCGCACGUCCUGCAGUUGCACCUCAGCUCCCACUUCCGCGAUAAGGAUGGCGCCAGGAGCCGCCUCUCCCCCGACGGCGCGGUGCCCACCUGCACCCUCUGCGGGAAGACUUUUUCCUGCAUGUACACCCUGAAGCGGCACGAGCGGACGCACUCGGGCGAGAAGCCCUACACCUGCGGGCAGUGCGGGAAGAGCUUCCAGUACUCGCACAACCUGAGCCGCCACGCGGUCGUGCACACCCGUGAGAAGCCCCACGGCUGCAAGUGGUGCGAGAGACGCUUCACGCAGUCGGGGGAUCUGUACAGACACAUCCGCAAGUUCCAUUGUGGCCUUGUCAAGUCUUUGGUUGUUUGAGACGUGGGAUUCUUCUUAUUUUCACUCCCCCCUUCCCUCCCCCCCCUCGCGCUCUUAA